AUGAUCGUCGCCGGUGUUGCAAUCAUCGUCGUGGCCCUCGCGGUAGCUCUAAAAUCGAGUGGCGGACUUGCGGGCGUUGCCUUGACGCAGGUAAUGUCGCUAAGCAUGAUGCUUACAACCAUUGUCAUGCAGUGGACAGUCGUGGAGACGAGCAUCGGGUCUGUUAGUAGAAUUAAGAAUUUUGUUGAAAAUACGCCCUCGGAGAAUAAGACAAACGAGGUUUUCGAACCUCCUUUGGCUUGGCCUCGUGCCGGUAAAAUCUGUCUUAACAGCGUUAGCGCCUUCUACGAAACAAAACCGGACUCUCUUAUUCUCCGGACUGUGAGCCUAUCCGUAGAAGGCGGACAGAAGAUAGGAAUAUGUGGCCGAAGCGGCAGUGGUAAAUCUUCACUGCUUCUGCUAUUAUCACGCAUGCUAGAGAUGAAAGAAGGCUCCAUCGUUAUUGAUGGUGUCGAUCUUAGCACUGUGCCUCGAAACACGGUCCGCGCUCGACUGAAUAUCGUUCCUCAAGAACCCGUGUUUAUCCCUGGCACAGUUCGCUUUAACCUCGAUCCUCGCCAUGAGUCUUCGGACUCUGAAGUGGUUGAAGCACUGAGGCGGGUGCAUCUCUUGGAUAUUCUGGAAGCCAAAGGCGGGCUACUGUCACAACUUGAUCUAGGCUUUCUCAGCCACGGUCAACGUCAGUUGUUUUGCUUGGCGGUUGCCAUCCUUCGCAAGGCGAGUAUUGUGCUACUUGAUGAAGUCACGAGCAAUGUGGACCGGGCUACGGACGACCUCAUGCAGACAAUUAUUCGCAAGCAGUUUAGGGACUGCACCGUUAUUUCUAUUGCUCAUCGGCUAAGUACUAUUCUAGACUUUGAUCAAGUUGUAGUGCUUGAUUGCGGAGUGAAAGGAGUGCAAGGCUAG